AUGAGCAGAGACGCUGGCAUGGAGAUUUUUGGUGAGGCCGCACCGUACCUGCGCAAAUCUGAGAAGGAGAGAAUAGAAGCCCAGAAUCAGCCAUUUGAUGCCAAGACCCACUGCUUUGUGGCUGAUCCCGAGGUGGAGUACACCAGGGGGAGGAUUAAGGCUGCACAGGAUGGGAAGAUAACUGUUGAGACAGAGGAUGGCAGAACAGUUGUUGUCAAACCUGAUGAUGUGUAUGCCAUGAACCCACCUAAGUUUGACAGAGUUGAGGAUGUGGCCAUGCUGACCCACCUGCAUGAACCUGCUGUCCUCUACAACCUCAAGGACCGCUACAGCUCCUGGAUGAUCUAUACCUACUCGGGUCUCUUCUGCGUCACUGUCAACCCCUACAAGUGGCUGCCGGUGUACAACCCCGAGGUGGUGUUGGCCUACCGAGGCAAGAAGCGCCAGGAGGCCCCUCCACACAUCUUCUCCAUCUCUGACAACGCCUAUCAGUUCAUGCUGACUGAUCGUGAAAACCAGUCUAUCCUGAUCACUGGAGAAUCCGGUGCUGGGAAGACGGUGAACACCAAGCGCGUCAUCCAGUACUACGCGACAAUCGCCGCCAGCGGGGACCCGGCCACCACGAAGGAGUCCCGGGUGAAGGGUAUGCUCAAGGAUCAAAUCCUCAGUGCCAACCCACUGCUGGAGGCCUUUGGGAAUGCCAAGACUGUGAGAAAUGACAACUCCUCGCGCUUUGGUAAAUUCAUUCGUAUCCAUUUUGGAACCUCAGGAAAACUGGCCUCUGGUGACAUUGAGACCUACUUGCUGGAAAAGUCAAGAGUCACUUUCCAGCUGAAAGCAGAGAGAAGCUACCAUAUCUUCUACCAGAUCCUCUCCAAUAAGAAGCCUGAACUGCUUGAGAUGCUCCUGGUCACAGCCAACCCCUAUGACUAUCCCUUCAUCAGCCAAGGGCAGAUCUCUGUGGCCAGCAUCGAUGACCAGGAGGAGCUUGUUGCCACAGAUGUUGCCAUUGACACUUUGGGCUUCAGCCCCGAUGAGAGAAUGGGGAUUUACAAGUUGAUGGGAGCGAUCCUGCACAGUGGGAACAUGAAGUUCAAGCAGAAACCACGUGAGGAGCAGGCAGAGCCUGAUGGCACAGAAGAGGCUGAUAAAGCAGCAUAUCUCAUGGGCCUGAACUCAGCAGAUUUGCUGAAGGCUUUGUGCUACCCCCGGGUGAAAGUGGGAAAUGAAUAUGUCAUGAAGGGCCAAACUGUGGAUCAGGUGCAGCAGGCAGUGAAUGCCAUUGCCAAGUCUGUCUAUGAGAAACUCUUCCUGUGGAUGGUCGUUCGCAUCAACCAACAGCUGGACACGAAGCUGCCAAGACAGCACUUUAUUGGGGUCUUAGACAUUGCUGGCUUUGAGAUUUUUGAGUUUAACAGCUUUGAGCAGCUGUGCAUCAAUUUCACCAAUGAGAAACUGCAACAGUUCUUCAACCACCACAUGUUCGUGCUGGAGCAGGAGGAGUACAAGAAGGAGGGGAUUGAAUGGGAGUUCAUUGACUUUGGCAUGGACCUGGCUGCCUGCAUUGAGCUCAUUGAGAAGCCCAUGGGAAUUUUCUCCAUCCUGGAAGAGGAGUGCAUGUUCCCCAAGGCAACUGACACCUCUUUCAAGAACAAGCUCUAUGACCAGCACCUGGGCAAGUCCAGCAGCUUCCAGAAGCCCAAGCCUGGCAAAGGCAAGGCUGAAGCCCACUUCUCCCUGGUGCACUAUGCUGGAACAGUGGACUACAACAUCACUGGCUGGCUGGAGAAGAACAAGGACCCUCUGAAUGAAACUGUUGUGGGGCUCUAUCAGAAGUCAUCUAUGAAAAUUUUAUGCCAUCUUUAUGCCAGUUUUGCUUCCAUAGAUGAAGGUAAGCUCGGAGGAGUAUGGAAGACAAAAGGAACCAAGAAGAAGGGCUCUUCCUUCCAAACCGUCUCUGUACUCUUCCGGGAAAAUCUAAAUAAAUUGAUGUCUAACUUACGAACAACUCAUCCUCAUUUUGUGCGUUGCAUCAUUCCCAAUGAAACAAAGACCCCAGGUCUGAUGGACCACAGGCUUGUUCUGCACCAGCUGCGAUGUAAUGGUGUUCUGGAAGGCAUUCGGAUCUGCAGGAAAGGAUUUCCUAACAAGAUACCAUAUGGGGAUUUCAAACAAAGAUACCACCUUCUGAAUGCCAGUGUCAUUCCAGAAGGAAAGUUUAUUGAUAGCAGGAAGGCGUGUGAAAAGUUGCUGUCUUCCAUUGAGAUAGAUCAUACUCAGUACAAAUUUGGACACACUAAGGUGUUCUUCAAGGCAGGUUUGCUGGGUGUCCUGGAAGAGAUGCGAGAUGACUGUUUAGGACAGCUGAUCACACGGACCCAGGCUUUGUGCAGGGGAUACCUUCGGAGGCUUGAGUUGAAAAGAAUGUUCGACCACAGGGAGUCCAUCCUCUGCAUCCAGUACAACAUCCGUGCAUUCAUGAAAGUCAAGCAGUGGCCCUGGAUGAAGCUGUACUUCAAGUUAAAACCCCUGUUAAAAAGUGUGGGAACUGAGAAAGAACUGGCCAUGAUGAAGGAAGAGUUUGAGAGAACAAAAGAAGAACUGGCUAAAUCAGAAGCCAUGAGGAACAAACUGGAAGAAAAAAUGGUGGCUCUGGUGCAAGAGAAAAAGGACCUACAGCUGCAAGUACAAACUGAAAAUGAAAAUUUGGCUGAUGCUGAAGAAAGAUGUGACCAGCUGAUCAAACUAAAAUUCCAGCUGGAAGCUAGAAUAAAGGAGGUAAUGGAAAAGCUGGAAGAUGAUGAGGAGAUGAAUGCUGAUCUGACAGCCAGAAAGAGGAAACUGGAGGAUGAAUGUUCUGAGCUGAAGAAAGAUAUGGAUGACCUUGAGUUAACAUUGGUCAAGGCAGAAAAGGAAAAGCAUGCCACUGAAAACAAGGUCAAAAAUCUGACUGAAGUAGUGACAGGUUUGGAUGAGACUGUUGCAAAGUUAGUCAAGGAGAAGAAGGCCCUGCAAGAAGCCCAGCAACAGGCACUGGAUGACCUGCAAGUAGAGGAGGACAAAGUUAAUACCCUCACCAAAGCUAGGAUCAAGUUGGAGCAGCAAGUGAACCACGCCCGUGCUGCAGAGCUGGAGGAGGAGACCACGAGUGAGAAAGCGACACGGGCAAAAGCAGAGAAGCGUUGUGCUGAGCUGGCUCGGGAGCUUGAGGAAAUCCGUGGGAGCCUUGAAGAGGCUGGAGGAGCCAGCACUGCUCAAACAGAGCUCACCAAGAAGCGUGAGGCAGAAUUCCAGAAGAUGCGGCGGGACCUGGAAGAGGCCACGCUGCAGCACGAAGCCACGGCUGCCGCCCUGCGCAAGAAGCACGCGGACAGCACCGCUGAGCUGGGGGAGCAGAUCGACAACCUGCAACGUGUGAAGCAGAAGCUGGAGAAGGAGAAGAGUGAGCUGAAGAUGGAGACUGAUGACUUGGCUGGUCGUACAGAGAUCAUUAUCAAGUCCAAGGCUGUUCUGGAAAAAAGGUACCGCACCCUGGAAGAUGAGAUGAGUGAGAUGAAAGCCAAACUUGAGGAGCACCAGAGGAUUGUGAAUGAGAUGAUGAUGCAAAAAGCCCAGCUCCAGACAGAGUCUGGUGAACUGAGCCAUCAACUCAAAGAGAAAGAAACCGUAAGGUUGCAGCUGUCCAGAGGCAAGCAGGCACUUACACAGCAGAUAGAAGAACUCAAGAGACAGCUGGAGGAAGAGAUCAAGGCCAAGAACGCCCUGGCCCACGCCCUGCAGUCCGCUCGCCACGACUGUGACUUGCUCCGGGAACAAUAUGAGGAGGAGCAGGAGGCCAAGGGGGAGCUGCAGAGAGCCCUGUCCAAGGCCAACAGCGAGGUGGCUCAGUGGAGAACCAAAUACGAGACAGACGCCAUUCAGCGCACCGAGGAGCUCGAGGAGGCCAAGAAAAAGCUCUCUCAGCGUCUCCAGGAGGCAGGGCAGCAGGCAGACACGCUGAAUUCCAAGUGUGCCUCCUUGGAGAAGAUGAAGUUGAAGCUGCAGGGGGAAGUGGAGGAUCUGACACUGGACAUAGAGAGAGCAAACUCAUCUGCAGCUGCCCUUGACAGGAAACAGCGGAAUUUUGAUAAGGUCCUGGCAGAAUGGAAGGGGAAGUAUGAGGAGAGCCAGCUGGAGCGGGAAGGUCUCUCUAAAGAAACAGGCUCCCUGAACACAGAGGUUUUCAAAGUGAAAAAUGCCUAUGAGGAAACCUUAGAUCAGCUUGAAACAAUCAAACAGGAGAACUCCACUCUCCAGAAGGAAGCAGCUGAUCUAACAGAGCAAAUUACUGCAAAUGGCAAGAUUAUCAGAGAUCUUGAGAAAGCAAAAAAGCAAGCUGAAAUAGAAAAAAAUGGUCUGCAAUUAGCUCUGGAGGAGGCAGAGGCAGCUCUUGAGCAUGAAGAAGUCAAAAUCCUUGGUGUCAACCAAGAACUGACUCGGAUAAAGUCAGAAAUCAGCAGAAAGAUUGCUGACAAGGAUGAGGAGAUCAACCAGCUAAAAAAGGACCAUGAAAGGAUUGUGGAGACAAUGCAGGGUGUUUUGGAUGCUGAGAUAAGGAGCAGGACUGAGGCCCUGAGGCUGAAGAAGAAGAUGGAGGGAGACCUGACUGAAAUAGAGAUCCAGCUGAGCCAUGCAAACCGCCAGGCUGCAGAGGCACAGAAACACCUGCACAGCAUCCAGGGAGCUCUCAAGGACACCCAGAUCCAUCUGGAUGAUGCUCUCAGGACACAGGAUGACCUGAAGGAGCAGGUGGCCAUGGUGGAGCGCAGAGCAAACCUGCUGCAGGCUGAAAUUGAGGAGCUCCGGGCAGCUCUGGAGCAGACGGAGAGGUCGAGGAAAGUGGCUGAGCAGGAGCUUCUGGAUGCAAGUGAGAGAGUUCAGCUCCUCCACACCCAGAACACCAGCCUUUUAAAUACAAAGAAGAAGCUUGAAAGUGAUAUGGCAGAACUCCAAACAGAGAUAGAGGAUGUUACUAAUGAAGCAAAAAGUGCUGAAGAAAGAGCUAAGAAGGCAAAGACAGAUGCAGCCAGGAUGGCUGAAGAGCUGAAGAAGGAGCAGGACACCAGUGCCCACCUGGAGAGGAUGAAGAAGAACCUGGACCAGACAGUGAAGGACCUGCAGCACCGUCUGGAAGAGGCCAAGCAGCUGGCACUGAAGGGAGGGAAGAAGCAGAUCCAGAAGCUGGAGGCCAGGAUCCAAGAAUUAGAAGGUGAACUGGAAGAAGAACAGAAAAAAUACUCAGAGGUUAGGAAAAACAUCUGCAAAUAUGAACGGCAUUUCAAAGAGCUCACUUUUCAGUGUGAAAAACAAAAGAAGAGCAUGAUUAAGUUACAAGAUAUGGUAGAUGAACUGCAGAUGAAAAUCAAAUCCUACAAAAGACAAGCUGAGGAAGCUAAUCAACAAGCCAAUGCUGAUCUCUCCAAACUGAGAAAUGCACUGCAUAAGAUAGGUGAGGCCCUGGAAAGGGCAGAUAUUGCUGAGAGCCAAGGAAAUAAACUCAGAGCUAAGGCCCGAGAAGGCGCUGCUACAAAGGUAAGGCUUUACUGCAGCUCAAAUGAGCCUAGCAGCAGGUUUGUGCCUUGCCAGUGGUACAGGCAUCAUUUGGAAACGACAGCUCUGGAAGGAAGGGGCUUUUCAAGACAAGCUGAGUGGGUUUGGGUUGUUCAACCUGAGGAAGAGAAGCCUCUGAGCAGACUUUAUUCUGGCCCCCUUAAAUGGGGUCUUAUAAGAAAGACAGUGAAAGACUCCUUACGAAGACAUUUAGUGACAGCGCAAGGGGUGAUGGUUUGAAACUGAAACAGGGUA